ACAGUUCAGUGUCCGGCGGGAUGUGAUCUAGUGAGGGUGUGUGGCGUUGCGUCUCCCGCCACUUGCUUGAAUUGUGGUUGCACUGUUUUAAUAACAAAAAAAGGUUCUAGUGUGAGUUCAUUGUGAUUCCUAUACGCAUGCUUCAUUUGACCCCUUUCUAUUAUGAAGCCUGUGACGUUGCAAGAAAGACGGGUGCAAAGAUACGAGGAGGAUAUAUUUUUCAAAAAGGAAUAAAUAAUUUUGCGAAGCUCAGCUCUUGUUAGAGGUGCCAGAUCCAUUAUUACUAGGACCUGCCUUAUUUUUGUUUAGCUGGCAACUUUUUUUUUUUCGGUCAAGGGUUAACUGCGCUGGAUUAUCCCGACUGCCUCCUUGAGUAAAGCACUGGGAUUUCAUUCGUCACUUGAGUAUGGAAUUGACUGCUAGUUCGAAUUAAAAACUGCCAGCAGACUCAAUUAAUUGUAUGGCAAAGCAUGUGAAUUGAUUUUGAAACACCAAUUUUUGAUAAACCAACAUUUUUUUGUCUUCGAAUGAAUUUCGAAAAAAUUUUGGCUCAAUUUUUGCUGACUUUGAAAUGUUUUAAAUGAAUUUUUUGGUGUUCUAGUGUAGAUGAAUUUGAUCAGCGAAAUUACCGUCUCUUGACCCAAAAGACAGGAGUGUUUUUCUGUUGUUAUUUUCGAAAGCACCAACCAAGUCCUGAAAUUGUCUCAUUGUUGUGAUCGAGUGUUGUCUCAAAGUGAAGUGAAAGUCAGGGCGUGAAAACUUUCGGUUCUCGUUUUUCUUUUCAAUGUAGAAAAAACUAAAAGGAAAGAAAGUAGCUUAGUAUUAACAUGACGCCCAAAAGAGAAAUUUCUCACGAGAGAAAAAUAUGACGAGAAGCAGCACUGAAAUGGCACGACUUCAAGUACCGUGAUGUCAGAGCAUUUGUAUGGACGUCAAGGAGGAUGAGUUCUCAGUUGCCCCGUCCCGUCGAGAGGAGGUAGUUGCUCGAGCGGAGCAAAAACUCCGAGUAGGAUGCCGACGAAUGUACUGGUAGCCGAAUUUAUAGUAAUAGCUCUUACGUGACAGACUCAAGCUUUAACUGUAGACACUUUCGCUGUAGAAGGGACUAGAAAAGAAUGCCAGGAACCGUUUGGGAAGAUCUCUUGAACUCAAGAGAACGAGGGAGAAAGAAUUUCAAUUCGACUUUUGAGAUUUAUAACACGCUGUUACGGUGUACCGAGAGCUAUUUCACGGAACUUGCACAUUCUGAAGACUUACUAUUCUGAAUCAUUCGAGAGUACAAAUUCACCGCGGAAAGCACGUGGCUCGUGCAAUUAGAUAUACCCAUAUUGCCAGAAGAAUUCUGAAGAAACCUCACCAGUAACGAGAGACGAGAAGCUGUCAUCAUUCUUACCAACUGCAAUAUCCUUGUCCUUGUUUUCAUCGGAAGAGACAAAGAAACUUCUCGUCAUUCUAUCCUUUUCAAAGUCAGGAAUGAGACACAAAGCCCGCGUAAACCUUUCUUUGCAAACCGGAUCUCAUGAGAUUCUCAUGACAGAGUUACCGUAAUUGCAUAUUCAUGAAUAUUGCUAACCACCGAUUCGUUUAAAACCUUUAGAAAGACAGAUUUCUCAUCUUAAGUCAUCAAUAAACAUUAAAAUCUUCAUGCUAAAAAUCUUUGUCACUUAUUUCUCCAUAAAAAUACCGUACUCUGUGUCUGUUGACAGUGUAAUGAUAUUAUAAUUAUUAUAAUUAUCAUCGUUAUUACUAUUACUCUGAAAAGAUUUCACGGACAAAAGCCGAGAGAGAAAUCGCCCGAGGUAAAUCCCAGAAGGGAAAUCCUCUCCACAUCUCUCGUAGGUCGUCAGCUUUAAAUCCUUCCGAGAGAGAGAGAGAGGGAGAGGGACCUCUCACUUGAAGUAGGAAAAGCUCUUCCAGUUUCCUACUUUCCUUCAUUCUUUUUCAUAGUCUCAUUAUUUCAUGGUACUCGGGGGCUGUGCUCCUCUUAUAUACAUUCAGGUCCUCUUCCUUAUUAUUUAACGAAUCCUUUAACUGCGACUCAAGGACAGGUCAUUUUCCUGAGUCUGUCGGGCUCUUCUUACGGGGUUCUGUCCGCAGAACAAGCCUAGACUCAUUUAUACAAAAGCCACGUUCUGCGGCUAUUCCAUUUUUAAUAAACUCUGAACGCCACUCGUAAAGGAGCGGAAAAUUGAGCACAUUAUUCCGUCAAUAUCAUAAAAAGCUUUUCCUGGUUACAGGAGGAGUUCCCAUUUUAUAUCUAAUCAAAUACAUCCAGGUUACAUAAGAGCAGCGAGCGCUGUCGGAAGUGAAACAACUGCUAGAGAAAUACGUCGUGUGUUGUUGUUGUUGUUGUUGUUGGUGUCAUGGCUGCUGCACACUGCCCUUAGCAUUGAGGUUAAGCCUCUUGAACGAGAACUCGUAUUUCGUAGUGAAUGCGUCAUUCAUUUGUUCCACCGUAUGAGACAAAUCAACACAAACACAGUUCCUGUAAAUAACCGACACAGACAGACACAGCGUUCUUGAGGAGGGAAAACCGAAAGAAACACUCGACAAUAACAUUCAUCGUCUAGCACUGUGAUAUCCUAGAAGGCUCAUCCACUUAUAGUCCUUGCAUUCGUUCACUGCGAAGUCCGCGCUUAUCCAUAAUGAGUGUCGAAGUAGGAACGCCUGGAACUCCCGCCGGGACGCCAACGCAGCCGCCUACUCAUCAUUUCCACGCAACGCCGGACCACGCCAGCGUUGCUCUGCAGGCGAUGAAUAAACUUAGGAUCAACACCCAGCUGUGCGACAUCGAACUGGUGGCGGGUGCAGUGUCCGUUUUCGCCCACAGGGUGGUUCUGGCAGCGGCUUCUGCUUACUUCCAUGUUAUGUUCAACAGUGACCUGGUGGAGAAGACACAGGAACGUGUGGCAUUGCAGGAACUGGACGCCACGGCGCUCGAGCUUCUGGUGGAGUAUUCCUACACUGGUGAAAUUGUCAUUACCGAGGAUAACGUCCAGGUACUGCUCCCAGCAUCAAGUCUUCUUCAAAUGAGCAGCGUGAGAGAAGCCUGUUGCAAAUUUCUUAUGAAGCAGCUCCAUCCUUCUAACUGCCUGGGAAUCCGAAGUUUUGCAGAUGCUCACAGCUGCGGGGAACUCCACACCCGCUCCCACAGAUUCGCCCUUCAGAAUUUCUCCGAAGUUUGUGGAACGGAGGAAUUCUUGUUGCUUCCAUUCAAGCAGGUGGAAGAGCUGAUUUCGUCGGCUCAGUUGAAUGUUCCUUGUGAGGAGAAAGUCUUCACGGCUGUCAUUGCCUGGGUCAAGCACGACCUCCCAGAACGACAGAAAUUGGUUCCUCAGCUCUUGAAACACGUGCGUCUUCCUCUCCUGAACCGUGACUUCCUGACUUCGAAUGUGGACGCAGAGCCUCUCGUGAGGGAAAACUCCGCCUGUCACCACCUCCUGCUGGAGGCCUUGAAAUACCAUCUGCUGCCUGAGCAAAGGUCCACUCUCACGUCGCCGAGAACUCAGGAGCGGCAGCCUGAGGGCGUGAAGCCUUAUCUCUUUGCUUGUGGAGGUGGAAGUCUCUUCGCGAUCCACAGCGAGGUCGAGUGUUACAAUCCACGCACAGACAGGUGGAUGCCUGUAGCAUCGAUGAAUUAUAGAAGGUCUCGAGCAGGUGUAGCCGCCCUUGGAAGGUAUCUGUACGUCAUGGGAGGGUACGACGGGGCCUGUGACCUGUCGUCGGCCGAGAUGUACAACCCGAGCAUCAACAAGUGGAUCAACAUCACCGCCAUGGGCACCAAGCGGUCGUGUUUAGGAAUCGGAGUGACGAACGGUCUCAUAUACUGUGUGGGAGGGUACGAUGGAGCGAGUUGUCUUAGCAGCGUUGAGAGGUACGAUCCUCUUACUGGAAUCUGGACCUCCUGCCCUGCCAUGGCUACAAGAAGAAGAUAUUGCCGUGUGGCAAUACUAGACAAUAACAUCUACGGCUUGGGAGGGUUCGAUUCGACCAACUACCAGUGCACCGUCGAGAGACUCGAUCCCAGGGUUGGCAAGUGGAUGUCGGUGCCGCCCAUGAUGAGUCGCCGGAGCAGCAGUGGGGCGGCGUUGCUGGGAGGGAUGUUAUACUGCGUGGGUGGAAAUGACGGUACAAUGUGUAUGUCCUCUGCAGAGAGGUUCAACCCAAGAAGGAACACGUGGGAGCCCAUCACAGCCAUGCAUUCCAGGAGGUCAACCCACGAAGUCGUUGAGAUCGAUGGGUUCCUCUACGCUCUGGGCGGAAACGACGGGUCCUCCUCUCUGAAUUCGGUCGAGCGAUAUGAUGCCAAACUUAAUAAAUGGGUGUUGGUGACAUCCAUGUUAGCAAGAAGGUCAUCUGUAGGGGCCACGGUGCUGGACUGCAACCUGCCGGAAAAAGAGCUCCUAUCCCCUGUCCACCAUCUUUCCUUUUACCCAUCCAACUAUUGUAGGAAAAGCUAACAAAAUAUGCUCACGGUUGUGGGGUCUUCAGUUGGAGCUGCGGUGCUGGAUUGCCUCCAGUUAGAGAGAGGUUUAGCCAAAUCGACUUGACAGGGAGAGCGGUAUCCUUCGCUCAUGACCUAAGUCCUCCAUGGAAAUACAAAAAAGAUCAUUCCUCCAUAGUCAGUUCAAGUUAACUUAGUACACCUCACGGUCAAGUGGAUAUGAAUGGUGUCUGUAUCGUCUUUUCGACUUGUUUUUGCAAACGCAAUCUCUAUAUGUUCAUGGCUAUUGACAGUCCAGUUUUGUAAUAUGUACCGUACAUUUACAUGCCUCUUUAGCGAGACAUUUUCUCGUCUUGCUGCAAUCUUAGUUGUCAAAAUAGGGGAAGGGGAAAAAGGUUUUUCCGAUGACAUACUACGUACCUACGUUGGAAUGGUGUUAGCUCCCUCUGGGAACCUCUGAAAACACGCUUCUUUGGUAAGUGAAUCCUUCAUCUUGGGUCAGAAGUAUAACCACUGCAGGUGUUUGAUCCAAAGGUCAACUCAGGUCAUCAUUCUUAGCUUUUUUAAUGGAAGACUAAGAUAAAUUCCCGGUGCAGCUUGGACCAAUAUGAUACUAGUCACUAAACUAUUUUUAGGCAGUUGCUGUGAAGUGAAAUGUAUUCUAGUCAAUCAAUAUUUAGUCGUCUGCUGUUGAACUAAGGAAUAAAACAGUUAUUUAUUGCCAGUUCUUUUACAGAGCGUUGAUCUAGCUUUCUGAAGUGCAUAGGCAGGCCUACUGCUGCUACAAGGUGUUAUUGGUUUAUGCUCUGGUGAAUCCUCAUUGCCGACUGCCAUAAAGCUCUUUGAAUUAAAUCCGUGAAAGCAGCAUGUUUUUCGUGCCAGUGCGUAGCAAACAAUUCAUUUUCAGUGCAAGCGUCUUCGUUUGGGUAAUAGAGAAAAGCUUGGAAAUACUACCCCUACAACAACAUGCCUUAGUGAGUCUUGUGAACAAUGAAGACAUUCACGCUGCUUGUACAAAGUUUUACUGUGGAAUUUAUUUUCCGAGGCGGGAUGCCAAUUCAUGAUUAUUUUUUUGUCAAAAUGUCAGUUCAUGUUUGAAUUUAAUAUAUUUUUCACACUCAGCAAAUUUAUAGUCUGUGGGAUUGGGGGUAAAAUGCUGAUUCCAUAUGGAUAUAGAACAGGUAGAGUAGAAAGAAGUGUCAGAACUCUUUUGGGACGCCGAGAGAGAACUGGUAGCGGUUGGUUGAAACCGGUAAAACUGCUUCAGCUACAGCAUCUCCCAGAAGCAUUGUUCGUCAUAAAACAAAACAAAAUGCUAGAAAUCUUAGUCUAGUCUUCUGUUUAAGGAGAAAGUAAUUUGUUAAUUAACAAGUGGUACUAUUUUAAUGUAACAAUUUAGAAUAAUCAUUUAGCUGGUAGAUUCGUAGCAUACAGUAGGUUGAUUUACGUUAUUUACAGUAACACGUAAAUGCAUGCAACAGUGUAAUGACAGUUCAAAGUACCAGUAUCAUCAAAUGAUUUUCCUCAAGCAAAACAACAGUUUCCCCACAGAUUUCAGUAUAAAACGGUAUGCAGACAAAUAGUUGAUGGUAAAAAGUAUUGAUUCGAAAUGUCGGUGAACUCAAUGUCGAAAUAUCCAAAAUGCUCUGAAAGCAAAGUAGUGAACAGGAAGCGUCAAAAGGCAGCUACCAAAGUGCCACCUACAGUAUAUUUACACAACUUUUCUCCAAUAAACCGGUCCAUUCGGACAUUAUUCCACCUCUCUCCUUCUCUGAAUUCAAAAUUGCCAGAUCAGUUCUGCCUCUCUCGUUAAAAAAUAUUCCUUUUUUUGAAGUGAAAGAAUAAAAACCAACAAGGAAGACAAGAAGUCACCAGAAGUAAAUUUAGCACUGAAAACAACAGCUAUAAUUAUUUUGAAUACUGAAGGAACAAAAUUCCAUUUUUUAUUUAGAAAUUAAUAUUAACUUGCCAAAUUAAAUGUAAAUGCAUUAGGGAUCAACAUGAAGAUUUGUAAGACAGUUAUCAGGCCUGUAUUAUUAUAAGGGGGUAGGAACUUGGGGACUUAGAGGAAGAGGAGGGACUGUUGGAAAGAACCGAGAUGAGGAUGAUGAGAUGGAUUGCUGGAAUAUCGCUACUGGAAAGGAGGGAAAGUCAAGAUAUAAGAAGAAUGUAUGGAAUAUAUCAUGUAAAGGAGAAGGCUAGGGUAGCUCGUCUGAGUUACUAUGGCCAUGUACUAAGAAGAGAGGAGGUGGAACCAGUCAAGAGAGAUAAGACCGGUCAAGUGAUGGGGAGGAGGAGGAUCCUGCUAUACAGUGGAUCUAAAAGGUAAAAUAGACGAAGCAGCAGACAUUGUUUAUGAUAAUGAGAUAACUUAAUGUGAAAAUAAAGCUUCUUUGAAGACGAAAACAUUGAUUCAAUUAGUAUCCAGGAAAAAAAUUAAUUUUUUCAGUUCACAACAUC